AUAGGGAGCAAUGGAGAUUCUUCCCGUUAUGCUUCUUGUAACCAACAUACUAAUUUUCUUCUCUAAAAUAUCUUUUGCUGUAGAUAUCAUUGCCCAGAAUGAGUCACUUUUCUAUAACACGACCUUAGUUUCAAAGGAUGAAACCUUUGAGUUGGGUUUCUUCAACCCGGGUAAUUCUUCAAACCGUUACAUAGGAAUCUGGUACAAAAAUAUACCAGACAGAACAGUAGUUUGGGUUGCAAACCGUGGCAACCCAAUCAAAGACGACUCCAGCAAGUUGAUGAUAAGCACAGAGGGAAACCUCGUACUUCUCAAUCAAAACAACACCAUUAUUUGGUCAACAAACGCAACAACAAAAAGGGUCAACGUAGUAGCACAGCUAUUAAACUCGGGUAACUUUGUUCUAAGAGAUGAGAAAGACAACGAUCCUCAAAACUACUUGUGGCAGAGCUUUGAUUACCCUUCAGACUCCUUUCUACCAGGAAUGAAAAUUGGAUGGGACUUCAGAAAGGGCCUUGAUAGGCGCAUAACUGCAUGGAGAAAUUGGGAUGACCCUUCUAUUGGGGACUUUACAUGGGGUGUUGUACCUACAAAUAACCCUGAAGAGGUAAUGUUGAGAGGGUCAAAAGAGGUAUUCAGAAGUGGCCCUUCAACGGGUACUCAAUUUAGUGGCAACCCUUCAGUGAUAAACAAUACAAUACUUAACUACUCUUUUGUGUCUAACAAUGAUGAGUUAUAUGUCACAGCUAGCCUCAUUGAUAAAUCGGUGAUCACAAGAAUUGUGUUGAAUCAAACACUUUCUGUUCGCCAACGCUUGACAUGGAGCAAACAAAGCAAAACAUGGAGGAUGUCUUCACAAUUGCCUAGUGAUUUAUGUGACACCUAUAACAUUUGUGGUGCUUUUGGGAUUUGUGUCAUUGGUAAUGCACCCGUGUGCAAUUGUUUAGAUGGGUUCAAGCCCAAAUCGCCUCAAAAUUGGACCCAAAUGGAUUGGAAUGAAGGAUGUGUGCACAAUGAAAGGUGGAGGUGUAAGGAAAAGAAUAAGGAUGGUUUUAAAAAAUUUAGUAAUGUGAAGGCACCGGACACUAAAAGAUCAUGGGUUAAUGCAAGUAUGACACUUGAUGAAUGUAGGAUCAAGUGUUGGGAAAAUUGUUCUUGUUCGGCUUAUACAAAUACAGACCUUAGGGGAGGUGGUCGUGGCUGUGCCAUUUGGUUUGGUGAUUUGUUAGAUAUGAGAUUGAUUGCAAAUGGUGGACAAGAUGUGUAUAUUAGAUUGCCGGUGGAAGAAACAGAAAAUCAAGGUGUAGAAGGUGGGUCAAAACAGAAGGUGGUUGUGAUCGCAAGCACCAUCUCCUCUGUUAUUGCGAUAGUACUAAUUUUCGUAUUUGUUUGUUGGAGGAACAAAACAAAAAUCAAAGAGAUCUUAAUGAGGAUAAAAGAGGAGAACAACAAGAAUAAAGAGGAAGACUUUGAGCUACCUCUGUUUGACCUUGUCUCGAUAGCGCAUGCCACUGAUCACUUUUCAAAUCACAAUAAACUUGGUGAAGGUGGUUUUGGGCCUGUAUACAGGGGAAAACUGCUGGAUGGACAAGAAAUAGCUGUCAAGAGGCUUUCAAGAACAUCUGGACAAGGGUUAAAAGAAUUUCAAAAUGAGGUUAUUUUUUGUGCCAAACUUCAGCAUCGAAAUCUUGUUAAAGUUCUUGGUUGUUGUAUUCAAGAUAACGAGAAAUUACUCGUAUACGAAUUUAUGGCCAACAAAAGCCUUGAUUUUUUUCUCUUUGAUUCUGAUCGCAGUAAACUUCUAGAUUGGCCUAAGCGUUUUUGCAUCAUAAAUGGAAUUGCCCGUGGACUACUUUAUCUUCAUCAAGACUCAAGAUUAAGGAUCAUACACAGAGAUCUUAAGGCAAGUAAUAUUUUGUUAGAUAAUGAGAUGAACCCAAAAAUUUCAGAUUUUGGUUUGGCUCGAAUGUGUGGAGGUGAUCAAAUUGAAGGAAAAACAAAUAGAGUAGUUGGCACAUUUGGUUAUAUGGCUCCUGAAUAUGCUUUUGAUGGAAUAUUCUCCAUCAAAUCUGAUGUAUUUAGUUUUGGUGUAUUAUUACUUGAGAUAGUAAGUGGUAAAAAAAAUAGCAGACUCUUCUAUCCGAAUGACUACGAUAACCUUACUGGACAUGCAUGGAAGUUGUGGAAAGAAGGCAAUCCAACACAAUUCAUUGAUUCUAGUUUGGAGGAUUCGUGUAUUCUAUCUGAAGCUAUACGUUGCAUUCAUAUUGGUCUUUUAUGUGUUCAACAACAUCCUAAUAAUAGGCCAUCAAUGGCAUCUAUAGUUGUAUUACUGAGCAACGAAAAUGAGUUGCCUCUGCCGAAGGAUCCUAGCUACUUAACCGAAGAAAACUCAAUUGAAAAACAUAUUUAUGCAGAAAAUACAACAUCUUCUUCGGUUAAUGACCUCACUAUCUCAAUUUUAAGUGACAGAUAG